UAUAAUUGUGCCUGCACUCUGGGCAGAGAGAGUCAGAGAAAAAGAAGUCAAAAGGAAAAAAAAAAAAUCAGUCCGAAGGCACACAGAGUGGUACAGGACGCUCAGAUUAAUGGCAUAAACAGCAGCAGCAAGCCAACGACUGAAGAAAAAAUAUAACAUCCUGGCUAUUUUUAUUAUUUAGUGUUUCUGGGACAGUUUGCUUACCACUGCUCUGGGUCACCCUGCUCCCUAAUUCCUGCUCUUCACAGCACCCAGCAUGGUGUGGCUACAAGUGGGCCACAGAGCCAGGGCCUAGAGUCCCCCUAGCACCGGCACCACAUGGUCAGCAGGGAUGUCAACAGCUCUUUUGGGCUCCAGAACAGUCCUCCCAUCAUACCCAAACCCUCUACUCCCUGAAUCUCUCACCUCCUGUUCUUGGCAUCAUCACCUCUCUUUCAUCCUCAGACUGCACCCCAGAACCUGGCAAGAAGGCCAUCACCUCUACUAUUUCCUGAGGCAGUGGAGUGAGAAGGAAAAAAGGGGCAUGAGGUGGGAAAAAGCCGACUUGUGAGCUAUUCUCCUCUGCUGUGAUCUGAGACUGCUCAGAGGCUGGCCCUACCAGGGGUGUGAGGCCUCAGCUGGGGAGGGGGAUUGGACAUCCUCAAGACAGAACUCUAUCCCCGUGGGCCACAUGCCAUGGCUCAGGCCUCAGAGUUAGGCUUCUUCCCCUUGCACCUCCCCGCCCCAUUACCCCAACCCCAAAGCCCUCUUAAGCCAAGAGGGUUGUCCCUCUUGUUCAGAGACAAAUUCACAGACCACCUCCUCUCAUUUGUCUAAUCCUUUCACAUCCCAAAACUUACCCUGUAAAGAAUUAUAGAAUUGUAAUUAUAUUGCAAUUUUUAUGAUGAGCAAACUGGGUCUCAGGGUUUGGUUCCCAAGUUGGGGUUCACACCCCUCAUCCAUAGGGACCAGCAUAUUGUAGCCCUCCUGCCUGUCCUGCCGUAGUCCUUCUCACCCCUGAGGACACCACCCUAGGGUACAGAUCAUUUGCUAUUCCCGCCUGGAUUUUAACAUUUUAACAGCAGAGGGCUAACAUAUCAUUAAGAAGAACGUUGUGAAAGAGAAUUUUGUUCAAUAUUCUUUAUUUUUUCCUCCCAAUACAAUAGUCCUAGCUACAUGUGGCUAUUGAGCACUUGUAAGUGCGAAUGAGAAACUCAAUUUUUAAAUUGUAUUUAAUUUUUAUUUAAAUGGAAAUAACCACAUAUGGUUAGUGGUUGCCGUAUUAGUGCAGUUCUAGAAUCCUCAAGGCUCAAAACCCUUGAAGGUCAGGGCAAUCACUCCUCGGACUCAGUCCCCGCCACCUCCCGGAAGCCCCAAGACCUGGAGAGUUUUGAGGGACCUUUCUGAGUGACCUGACCCAGCGUGCACGGGGGAGAUGUUCACCCUUACGCAACCUCUCAGCGGUCGUACUACCUCGGCCGCCAGGGGCCGCUACGCCCGGCUGCGCCCGCCGCCCGCCCGGCCGAGCGCUGUGCGCGGCGCCCCGCGCUGUCCGGGAGGAGGCAGCGGCGUCCCUGCGGGGCUGGAAGACAGGGGCGGCGGCGGCAGCUGCAAGUUCCUCCGUCUGCCUCUGGGCGGGAGCCUCGGAGGGACCCCGGUUGAGCUCUGCCGAGCUGGCCGGGCGGGCCCGAAGCCCCCCGAUGCCCAUAGUGGGACCCGGCACGACUGGGAUGCCAGCUUGGCCCGAGUCCCGACGCCCCCGGGACGCAGCAACUUGGUGAGGGGCACAAGGCUCCGGACUAGACAGCACGCCAACUGGCCGCUCCCGCCGGGAGCCUUGGUCCCAGCUCAGGGGCGAGGAGGACUUCAGGCCGGCGGGUUUACCGGUGGCACCGCCGUGGGGCAGGUAGAGUGAGUCAGCCUGGUGGAUGAAUAGACAAAUGCCGAAAGAUCCCCAAAAAGGAUGUGUGAGAGGGCCUCAUGGAACUGGAGCACUGGCAGCUGGCUACUGGCACUUUGCCUGGCCUGGACCCUCCUGGCCUCGGCUUCCUUGCAGCCUCCAUCUCUCACAGUCCCCGUGAAGCAGGGCACCUGCGAGGUGACAGCUUCUCAUCGCUGCUGUAACCGGAACCACAUCGAGGAGCAAUUCCAGACUGUCAAAUGCUCUUGCUUUUCUGGCCAGGUGGCCGGCACCACACGGGCCAAGCCCUCCUGCGUGGAUGCCUCCAUCGUCCUGCAGAAGUGGUGGUGUCAGAUGGAGCCCUGCCUGCCUGGGGAGGAGUGCAAAGUGCUCCCAGACCUGUCGGGAUGGAGCUGCAGCCGUGGACACAAAGUCAAAACCACCAAGGUGACACGAUAGCUCUUGGGGUCACAGCAAGGACAGAACAGCUUGACUGAGCCACGGACUGAAGCACAGUAUCUGGUUAUCAGCCAGCAAGUAUGGAGGACCUGGACACACGCCCCAUGCCAAAUGCAGCAUCGGUCUUUCCAGGGGCACUUCAGUGAAGCUGUUCAGUGGAUAUGGACAGAUUUCCGGCCACAUACCUUGUGUUGUGCUGGGCUCUCCUAUAGGUGAGACACAGAAGAAAGUCAAGAUACAAUUCCUGCCCUCAAGGAAUGUCCUGUCAAGUUGGAGAGCUGAUGAAGGACAAUUUAGAUACUCUAGAUAAAGGUGUGUGGUAUCAGACUGUGGCUUCGGGGCCAUGGAGUGUGGGCAUGUUGGGGGUUUGGGGAUGAAGGCUCCCACAGCUCUGUAGCUGCCCCCACGCCACAGGGCACAAAGACAGGAGGUCACAUUCACCACCUUCCUCCCUCCCUGACAUCAGCCUGAAUCCCCAGCAAGCUGCUAACCUGUCGAAGGAAAACAUACUCUCCUGAUGCCCGACCAGCUGUAUCGUCUUUGGAAGGGACUGGCUUUACUCGGGGAAGGAACGCAGAGAUGAAGCCAAACAACUUUUCCAGCAAAGCUUCCGCAGAGGCAUGGCCUGGUUUGGGCUGUUCUUUGGGUAUGAGAUGGACAGGACCUUAAAAUCCCUGCCAUCCAAGCACCUCAGGUGUCUGUUUGUUUGAACAGAUGAGGGAUCUGAGCCCCAGAGAAGUGAGGUGACUUGCCCAAGGCCUCACAACCUGGACCUCCGAAUCGCUAAGCCUUCUGACCUUUCAGCUUAGCCUGGAUGUAGGAUUCCAGCAUGGGCCCUCUGUAUGUUUUUUUUUCUCAAGAAUAGGAACCUGCAAAAAAUGGUUGGACAGCAGCAAUGUUUGUCUCAGGAGAUCCUAGAGCAGGAACUUUUUAUAAGGUUCCCCCAUCUGAAAUAAUCCAGAAUACCUACACACCAGGAUGUGGGGCCACUGGAUCUCCACUCCGCCCUCAGCUCAAAAAAUUCCAAACAGGCCCAUGAUAGCCCAGAGGUCACUCAGCCCAGUUACAACUGGGGCACUCUGAGCUGGCAGCCCCAUUGCCCACUCGCCCCCUUUCUUCUGAGUCCUUAGGCUGUAACUCUCAGAGGCUCUGGCUCCAACAGAGGGCCUGGUUGGGAUUCAGAGCUGCUCAGAGUCCUCUCCCUUCAAAGGCCCGGCUGGGCACGAGGAGAGCCCUGCACGGCCAGAUGGAGUGUCUGUCCAGGGUUGAGGGUUGGCACAAUCAGGCCGACACACAGAUUUCAGGGACUCAGAAACACGGGCUACUUGGGUCUCUCAUCAGUAAGAGAAUCACAGCCUCAGUGAGUGCUGGGAUCAGCUGGGAUCACCAGGAUUGCAGGGUGUGGCGGGAGCCUUGAAGGGAAGGGGGUCAGUACAGACCAGCCUGGAAAAUGCUGAAUUCUGACCCUUAGACGAUGGGCUGGGGCUAAGUCUCAGCUCCUGCCCUGCUUUUCUUCCUCUCUCCCCUCCUCGAACCAGGUUUGUUUGCCCCACUUCAGGGUUUAUCUUCUUUUCUGUUUUGUGUUUGCUGAUGGGGUGAACAGUGAUGCCAGCUUCUCACUAGACUGCAAGUAAGUAUCCGAAUUCUGACAACUUUGAAUCCCUGCACAUAAAGGGUCACGAGGUGGGGUGGACGAGGAGCAGAUCAAAGGUGGGCAUCACCCCCUUCAAGGCUGGGGGGUGGAUUAAGGGGUUGGCAAACGUUUUGGAAAGGGCCAGAUAGUAAAUAUUUUAGGCUUUGCAGGCCACACACAGUC